AUGUCGCCGCCCGACGCGCGCGCGGGCGCGCGCCUGCGCGUCGCCACCAUGUUCACCGGCGCCGGCGCGAUCGACUACGGGUGCGUCGCGCGCGACGCGCGACGGCGCGACGGCGCGGGAAACGCGCGAAACGCAAAACCGAACGCCGAACGAACGCGAACGACGACGACGACGGAUUCGACGCGCGACGACGACGACGACGACGCGCGACGACGCGAGAUCGGGACGACAAGGGGAGGAUGGCGCGCGAAGACGCGAAGGCGCGCGCGACGGGAGCCCCGGGAGGACGAACGCGCGACUGACGAGACGCGAAUUCGGGACGCGCGCGCGACCAGGCUGACGCGGGCGGGGCACGAGGUGACGCUGCAGUGCGAACGCGACGAGCGCGCGCGGGCGGUGCUGGACGCGCGAUUUCAGGGCGUGCGACGGGCGAGGGAAGCGAGCGAGAUCGAGGCGCUGCCGAGGGACGUGGACGUGCUGGUGUGCGGAUUGAUGACGAGGGAGUACGAGGGGUCGUGGCGAGAGUCGUGGACGAGAGACGGCGCGGCGGGGGCGCUGAAACACGCGCUGAGGCUGGGGGCGAGCGCGCGCGUGCCGUGGUUGGUGAUCGAAGCGAGAGGGAAGAUAUUAGAUCGUGGAGUCGAUGGGAGCGAGGCGCCGUUGAUUCAUGAGUUUGUGAGCGAGCUGGAGCGAGCGGGGUACGCGUGGGCGCAUCGCACGGUGGCGGCGGCGGCGUUCGGGGUGCCGGAUGUCGCCGCGCGGGUGUUGCUCGUCGCCAGUAGAUGCGGGGAUCCGAGAGAUGUGUUAUUGACAGAAGACGCGGGGGCGUUGAAAGUCGAUGCGAGGGAUCCCGCGGAUGAGCACACGUUUGUGUUUAAUCGGCACCCCGAACGAGGGUUGUGCGCGUACGCCGACGUGUGCGAAGGAUUUCAUCCCGAGCCUGAGGCGUGCAUGCUCACCGCCGCGGGUGGUUUGAUGCCGCUCACCGUGCAUGACGCUGAAAGAUUGCAAGGAUUGCCUCCGGGAUGGACGAUGACGACGAGACCGAGCGUUCAAGGAAGUCAAGGGGAGGAGCUCACGGCGCGUUGGGACGCUUUGGCGAAGACGUACGGAUGCGUCCCAAGUUCAUAUUGGCUGGGAACUCGGUUAGCGGACCCGUAUGCUUUGAAAUUUUCUGCCGAUGCGGUUCCAUUUAGAGAGUCUGUGCCGCACGCUUGGCCGGGGGCGGCGUACAACGUUGGACACGGGCGUGCGAGCGCCUUGUGCUCGCCGUUUGUCCGUGAAAUCACGGAGUUGCCGUGUCUCGGCACGUUUAUUUCCACGUCCUUUUUCGAAGGCGGUCCGCUGGUGCCGAAAGAGACCGCCGUGGCGUGCGCGCGCGUGCUUAGAGAGUCUGGCUGGGAGGUCCCUCCCCAGCUAGAGGCUUUGGAAAACGGCGAGGGAGAGAUCGCCGUCGUCGAGCCGCGGGUGAAGAACGAACAGGCGCCUGCGGUCGAGCCACUGACGAUAGCGACUCCGGCGGCACGGGCGCAGACCUCUCGCUACGAUGAGUUUGUUUCAGCGCCACCGGCUUUGGUCGAACGCACGUUGCCUUUGAUAAAGACGAAGAGCGGACAUUUAAUCGUCGACCAAGACGAGGUGAAACGUUCGUCCAAUUUUCCCAUCGACAUCGAGGCGAAGCGGUACAAGAGAAGCAUCACGCCAUCGUCGGCGGAUAUCGAGCCUGGAUCGCCAGGAUCAACUCCGGGAACCAUGACGUUCAUCGCCGGCGUCGGUUUAGCUGCGCCAAGACGAAACCAGCUCGUUUGGGCCAAGCUCCCAGGUCAUCCAUUUUGGCCGGGAUUGCGAGCGGAUUUGGACAAGGACUUCAUCCCAGCGGAUGCUCUCGCGAUGGCGAGAGAAAACGAAGUACUCGUCGUGUUCUUUGGAGAAAAUUCAUUCGGUUGGCUGCGGGCGGAGCAUUGCUUAGAUUUUACCGAGCACUACGCAUCGAAGAGUCGGGAUCCGGCGAGGAACAAGGCGCGCUUCCAAGCGGCGGUGAAGCAAGCGAACGAGGAGCUGCAAAUACGAGAGACGUUGCACGAGCGCGAUAGAUUACGUAAAAUGGCGACGCAAAGUACUGCGCAUAAGUUCCGUUCGCGCGGUGGCUCACCCAUGCCCGAAUUGAAGGGUUGUACGUGCAAGUCGUGCACGAGCAUCUCCGCCGACGGUUCGGAAUCGCCCAAGUGCAUACGUGUAGAAGCCGCCGAGAAGGCUAGUCGAGGUCACACAGGCGCCAAGCUUACGAUUCAAGGUAGAACUAUCAUCGGUAAGCAAAUUUUGGUGUUUUGGCCUCUCGACCGAGCGUCAUAUCCGGGUAAAAUAGUCGAUUACGAUCCCGUCGAGCUUAGACAUUGCGUCGAGUAUGCCGAAGACGGCGUUAAAGAAUUCUUGUCGCUGUGGAAGGAAGAUGUAACAUUACCGCCGGGUGAAAGACUCGGCCCGACUCUUCCAGAAGCAGAUGAAGCUGGUGCUGAUUUGUUGCUGGGACUCACGGCGAGAGGAUAA